AUGGAUGCGGGCUUUGCUCGCUUUUUGCAAGAACAUUCUUCACCCACUCACCAGCGAGUCACAGCUGGAGGUCGUAUUGUCCCAAUGGUCCCUCAGUACCAAGUCACAGCUGGAGCUCAGAUCAUCCCACUGGUGACUCCAGCAAACCAUCCGAGGCCUGGCGAGAAGCAUGGCAAAGCCAAAAUUCCUGGAAAGGUUCCAGAGAUCAAGGUAACCGACUAUGGUGAGGCACACGAUGCACACGAUGCACUUGCAGAUGUAAUGGCAAACGCACCUGAUGCACCUAAAAAUGCACCUGUACCCGCUGGUCUAUUACCUGCAUUCAAACCUGCUUGUGCACCUGCUUGUGCACCUGCUCGUGCACCUGCCCCUGCUCCUGCACCCGCUGCAUCAUCUUGGAAUCCCGAGGCUCCUGCUUUUGUACCCCGUCGCCCUCGCAUCAACGCCGAGCGCGAUCAGAGAGCAAAGAACAAGGUUUGGGAGAACAUCCGUGCGGAGGCGGCCCAAGUACCUUGGUACUGGGUUGAUAUUUGGCCACCUUUUGCUCGGUCCAAUAUGCAGGAAGGCGACUUUGAAAACUUCUUGGUGGUCCAAAUGCAGCUCGCAAAGCAAUUCAUCGUAUGGCCUGUUCAAGCGUACGACCUACCGCAAGACUAUCUCUGGCAUGGGAAUCCAGCUCUGGGUUUCCGGCCAAACCAGCCCAUCCCCGUUGUCUUCUAUGGGGCUUGUCUUCGUCGUCCGGAAGAUAUUGGCCCCAAUGGCAUGUAUUGGGCUCUCCUCAGGAUGAUCUUCCGUGUGACCAACGAGGGUUAUCCUCAAGCCCAACACGACUAUUUCAUCAAUCUGGGCCAUCUGGUACGGCUUGUCAAGUGGCCGGAAGAUUCAUAUGAGAUUUUCAUCUUGCUUCACGCCACGGAAUGGCUCAGGUACCAUUGCCAAUUGUUCGACAAUCUGAUUGCGACGGUGGACUAUCGCCGGGCGUCUCUGCCAGGUCCCGAUCCCGGCCUCACAGCUGAGCGGGUGUUGUACGUGAACAAGAGGGCCUCUGUGACGGGAGCCAUCAAACAGCUUGAGGAGGCGUUGGAAAUCGUCCGCUUUUACAUGAACCGCCACCCGAUCUGGUGUAGCGUGAUUGGGGCGGCCUUGCUUUGUCGUAUGCGCGAGGAUGUUGGUCAUGUGCGUAGGGACGUUGGUCGUCUGCACGAGGCGGCACAUCACGUUCCUGCCCGUUACGACAAGAGUGACGUGCCAUCUGAGGUGGAUGACUGUCAGCAGGACGAAGAGGACGUGGCGUCUAGCGACGACGAAGCUCUGGGACAUGCGGAGCAUUUGGAGUUCGCAGACUCUAGCGACAUUUCGGCACUGGGAGAUGGCCCCGCCGGCACCAUCAGCCAGGCGGAAGACUCGGUGGUGAUCUGCACUGAACCUGGCCCCCUCAUCAACAGCGGGUCCUCUCAGUCUUCACUGACUGACAGCCAGCCUGCUCGGGGACCAGGUGAGGAUGGCCUGGAGGCCGGUGGUGGUGGCGAAUCCUCGUCGCAGCUGGUACUGGUCGAUACAAAGGGCAAGCAGCUUGUCGUCCCCGGAUACUUGAGGGAGUUGAUCGCUGAGCGCGAGGCUUUUUUCGCCCAGCAGAAGGCCGAGGGCUCGGAGGCAGUCUCAAACUGUCUCAACAAGUUGGUGCUCACCCCGACCAAGACCACGGCGGCCGUGAGCCGCAGCCAUGCCCAUGCCGACAAGGGCAAAUUGUCGGAUGUCGAGACGACGCUGGCCCGGAUGCGGGCUUGA